GUCCUUUGAAAUACGGCGUUUUUUUUAAUUUACCUAUAUACAUUAUGUAUGGAUAGUACAGUGUUUUCUUAAAUUUUGAGAAAUGUAUAUGUGUUCGAUCCGCGUCGAACGGCGUCCUACAAAAUAUUAGCUUAUGUCUUACUUCAACCCAACGUAUUUUUUUUUAUUCUUCAAUGUAUCAUACGCGCGUGCGUUUACAACGUUAAAAUUUGAUUGCAUGUUUUAUGUUUAUAUUAUUAUUCGUAUAAUUUAAAUAAAUAUAAAAUAGAGAAAAGUAUUCAUUCGGAAUGAUAAUUGGAUGGUAAUAUGCUUAUAGCUAUAGAUCAUAAUCAAUCUUGAUCAAGGUGAGUUGUGAAGUAUCAAAGCUUAUGAUAAGUUUAAUAAUUUUUGUUUUAUAGAAGAAUAAGAAAUAAAUGUGCAAGAAUUUGUAUAAAAGCAAAUUAAGUGGACAGUUAACUACAGUGUGGAUUUUCCAGCUUCAAUUAAAUAUAUUUGACUGAUAAGAACAGUAUUGCUAUUUUUCAAUAAAAUAGCUUGUAAUAUAUACAAUAUGAAAUUCCAACCAACAAUAUCAAUACCUAUAGGUAUUAUAUUUUUUAAAGGAAAGGAAACAAAAGAGAUUUACCUGUGGGAAUAAUACAUUUAUAAGCAUAGUAACAAUAAUCAGCAACUGCGUUAAGGAACAGAUAUCUUGUUGAUAAUCAAACGAUGCAGGCAACAACAAAUCGAGAUAAAUCACUCCCUUCGCGAGGGUUGAAGCAAGUAAAAGUGGAUAAUUGGGGAACUUUCUUUCUGCAGAGACUUCAACAGCUUUAUUUUGAAGAAGAAUUACUUGAUUUAACAAUCAAAUUUCCAACUAGUGAUAUUACUGUACAGGCACAUCGUUUAGUGAUCACAACAUGUACAGAUUACUUUAUGCAAUUGGAACGUCAGUUAAAAGAAAAAGAUGAAAAUUUUGAUGGAGUUAUUAUUAUGCCACCAGAUAUGCCUUAUGAGUGUGUUAAGUCUAUUAUAAGUUUUAUGUAUACUGGACAAUUGGAAUACUGGACUUCUGAACAACAUGCAUUAUAUCGUACUGCACAAAAAAUGAAAAUGACAGUUUUGACUAAGCUGCUUGAUGCUCAGUUUAAUACAACUGCAUUACAAACAAAUAGACCAGCAAAAUCAAAUACUCCAAUUAUUUCAAAAUCCACAACAUUGCCAACUGAAGGAACAGUAACUACAAGUACAUCAACACUUUCUGCUCAACCAUUACCUGGGAGAAAGCUUCCAAUUUGGAAAAGAAAAUUAGAAUUACCUCCUACAUUGCCAAUGGCAAAUUAUGAAUUACGUGGUUCGGCACAGAAGUCUACAGAAAUCACUGCUGGGCCAUCCCGAUUUGAUCUGCCUGAAGCAGAAGAUUUUGCUCUUGGAGUUUUUUCCUCAUUUGAUGAUAUUACAUAUAAUACAAAACCCAUUGUUCAAGCAUCAGGAAAAUACAAAAGAGAUAGUUCAUCACUUUCUCUCAAAUGCUCUCCUGACAGAGAUAUCAAGAAUGAUUCAACAGAAGAUGAAGAAGAUGACACUCAAUUACAUGAAAAAGAUUCUAAAGAAGUAAAUUCAGAUGAUGAUUGGACAAUAUCAAAUACAUCAGAACGAUCUCAAGAUGCACAACCAACAGCAAAAAGAGUAAGAUUCGAUCUUGAAGAAAAAGAAAACUUGGAGAAAUCUUCAUCUUGUCACACGGACGAUUCUAUUAACAAUCACGCAAAAAUAAUCAGGGAAGUGCUCAAAAAAUAUCCGCAUUUGAUUAGAAAUAAUAAAAAUAUACGUUUAAAGAUAAUGCAGAAAGAAGCGAAAUCUACAGAAACUAGUGCUCCUUGUAAAACAAAAGUUUCCUAUGUGGUAUUGAAAUCUGAUCACUUGAUGUCUAGCAAUAAUGGAGAUGAGAAUGAUUCAAAGUGUAACGGUAACGUAGAUGGUGGUGAGACUGGACCAUGGAAAUGCAAUAAAUGCGAUUUAGAUGAAGAGUAUACGAAUUAUUAUAUGUAUAGAAGACACAUGCAAGAUGUGCAUGAGGAAAAGUUCGAUCCAAGAGUUUGUGAGCACUGUGGCUAUAAAGCAACAAAACGAAAUAUUUUAAUGUAUCAUCUUUAUACAAAACACAAUGUGCCUCCACCAAAGAGCAUGUGUUUCCCAAAAUGUCAAGCAUGUUCGUAUGUGGCUCUUUCUGAAACUCUACUCGUGAGACAUCAAAUAAAUCAUAAUCAUCGUCCUACAUCCCGGCAUCAUACGACUUUUGAAGUAAUUCAGUGUUUACAAUGUUCUCAAGUUUUUAAGGAUAUUACUGAUCUUACCACACAUGAAAUCAAUACUGGACAUGGUAAUCAUGUGGAAGGAAGAGAAAAAGGAUAUCGUUGUCCUCACUGUAGCAAAACUUUCGUACGUGUUACGAACUUGCAAGUUCAUAUCGACUGUUCUCACAAAGAUCUACGAGAUUCUGAAACAGCGACUCCUGCUCCUCCGAUUUCUUUAGAACCAUCUUCGGAGGCAGAAGCUCUUAGUCACGUAGCAAGUGGGAUAGCGACAUCACUCGGAGUUGGAGAUAGCGUAUCGCCAGAAACGCAAGAAGUAGAGAAUCAAUCUGAAUACAUAGUACCGGAGAUAACUGAUAUUUCACAAACUACAACCUAUCACGCUCAUGAAUUCGAAGGUCAACAGAUGAUCAUGUUGAUUAAUAAUGAUAAUUAUCAACAACAGGAGGAGAAUGAUCAUCAUCAACAACCGCAACAAUUGGAUAUUUCUGGAAAUGAACAGAUUGUAAUGCAAGAGAUUACACAGGAGCCAGAGGAAAUAGUCGAGGAAGUUGUAGAGGAAGUGGAAGAGGCAGUAAUGGAAGAAGAAGUACAAGAUGAAAGAUCUGAGCUUAUAGAUGAGAGUAAUUCUCAUCAGAUGGAAGACGGUAUUCAGUAUGUCGAAGAACAAACUGAGAUAGUUGAAUAUGACGAGGAACAAUGUACCGAAGAUAGAAAUAGACUAGAAGAAUCACAGGAAUCUGUUAUGAUUAUUGAAGAGGAACAUGUGGAAGGAGAUGACGAAGUUACUGAUGAAGUUGCUGAUAAAGAUAGUAAUGAACAGCAAUCGCCAGAAGCAAGAGAUUUUGCAACUGAAUGGGAUGAGUAUAGUAGAGAUGCAAUUGAAUGAUGAGUAAUAAGAUGUAAUCUAUUAUAUUCUUUCUCAUUAAUUCAUUUAUAUAAAUAACAAAUAUGUUUUGCAAUCUAUAGGUCUAAAGUGAUGCAUAUUAUGCAUCUUUUAUCACCUAUAUUAUACUAACAAUCAUAAAGUUUUAAAUAGAAGAAUUUAUUAUUAUAUUUUAUCAGAUAUUUUAAAAAUUUGUUGAGCACUCAUUUGAAUGUAAAACAAGUACAUAUAUUCUUAUAACUUAUUCGAUUUAAAAACAAGAACAUUUUUAGUAUGUUACAGGGGGUUCUACAAUUAAUAUCUGUACUUUUCUUCAUUUAGUAAUGAUGAGGGUAUAUUAAUAAUAAUGAUAAUGAUGAUGAUGAUGAUGAUGAUGAUGAUGAAGAUAAUAAUA